CAAAAUGUUGCAAAAAAUGUAUACUAUUGGUUUUACUGUUAGGAUGUUAUGCAGCGACGAUCUUCGGAUCGUCAAAUCAUAAAUGUGCGGGGUGCCCCGAGCAUCUCCCCCUUUGCAGUCGGAUGCKGUGUCUGGUGUAGCGCUGUGCCGAACCGCAUUGCGUCGCGUCGCCUUGCGUCGCUUGGCCGGUCCUUGUCUUGUCUUGUUUGCUUCGCUUCGCUUCCGGUGCGGCCACCCUUCGCGCUCAAAAGGUUCCGCCGGACAAAAAGGUCUUGAGCAUGUCCAGGGAGACCUCCGGCUGGUCGGACGGCACCAUGUGCCCCCCGUCGACGACCUGCAAAAAGGUCAGCCCGUUGCUGGUCCGGGCCAUCCCGGCCCCGCUGCCCCAGUCGUGGGACCCGGCGGAAGCAAAGUCCUCCUUGUGGGACCAGUUCAGGUCCUUCGUCCAGGCCUCGUUGCCCAGGUAGUUGCAGAUAAAGUCGACGUCGCCGGCGUAGAUGAGCGCCGGAAAGCCGGCCUCCAGCAGGUCGGCGACGUAGCCGGAAAAGUCCUUCAUCCAGUCGGUCCGGAACUUGGCGUUGAUCCCAAAGUUGCAGGCCUCCCACCGGUGGCUGUGGGUCUCGUCCACUCCCAGGGCCUUCUUGGUCGAUUCGAGGUUGAGCCAGGUCUGGACGUUCGAAAAGUCGUAGCAGAGCGGGGGGACCUCGCACUUUUUGCGAAUGUCGUAGGGGUUGAGGCCCGUGGCCUGGUAGGGCGAGGUGAGGCCGAGGUUGCAGGUCACAAAGGCCGCCUGGCAGGCAAAGGAGUCGAUGGUGUUGUCCCCUUGGUUGCACUGGUGGAUGAGCUUUGUGCAGGGCGAGACCGCCUCCUUCAUUGCGUUGUAGACGCCCUCGUCGACGACCUUGAUGCCGUGGGAGUUGUUCCAGACCAUCUCGGGGUACCACGGGUACUGCUCCUCGGGGGCCGUAAGGCCGUUUCCGAUGGCCAGGCCGGAAAAGUUGAGGGGGACGCAGUUGUCGCACAGGUCCUGGUUGCCCUUCCAGAUGCGGUGCGAAAUGGCGGGGACGUAGUGUCCCCCGUAGGAUUCCCCGAUGAUGUAGAGGGGGUUCUUCGCGUACUCGGGGUGCUCCUGGACAAAGGCCUGGAAGAAGUAGUAGGCGUCCUCUCCCACCAUUUCUUCGCCGCUGUCGUUCUCGUCUCCGUAGGAAAAGCCGACGCCCGCCGGCUGGUCCAGCCACAGAACGUGCGCGGCCUCGGUCCAGCUGUGGGGGUUGACGGUGGUGCCCUUGCCGUCGGCAUUGACGCUGCAGGGUCCGUUUUCGGUGAGGAGGGCCAGGGUGCUCGAGCAACCCGGUCCGCCGGUCAGCCAGACGACGAGGGGGAUCUCUUCGUCCUUGACCGUUUCCGUACCAGAAGUGUCCCCACGCUUUUCGAACAUCCAGAAAAAGAGGUGCUUGUCCCCGCUCUGGUCGUACUGUCGUGUCAGCGGCCAUGGUUUGGUGCGUUUUGGAAUGUUGUGGUAAACAAGUUCGUAGGCAGGCCAUUGGACAUUGAUCAAAGUGUCGUCGUCGUCAGAUGGAUUUCGCAGAACGAGCAUGCAACACACAAUAAGUUCACAAAGCGGUUUUCAGUUCAAAAUCAGAGGUUGGUUAGCAAAAUACUCCAGAGUCCCGGUGCUGGUUUCCCAUUCGUCACACAAUUAUUAUUGUUUCCCGAGAAGCUUCUCACGCAACGAGACGGUAUGCGUAAUUUUAAUCGAGGGAUAUGCCUUACGCACCUUGGAUCCCUUCAGGUCCAUGUACCCGCUAAUGGAUUUGCUCGAGGCGUCGCAAAAAUCAGCGCCUUCCUCCGAACCCUUCUCCAGGACGGUUUCUCUCAGCUGGUGGACGGUGCCGCUCUCCAGCCCAAAGUCGUAGACCCUGUUGCCGUUCGAAUUGCUCGGGGAAGAGGAGGUGCCGCAGUCAAAGACGCCGGGCGGGAGGCCCUCGGAUUCCUCCUUGCUGACACACACGGGGGGAACGGCCGCACACUUGCACCACACGCACGGGGUGUCGGUGCCGGUUGCCAUGGUGGAACCGCAUUCGGCCUCGGAUUUUAUGUCGAGGCAGUUCGAUUUUUGGACUCCGUCGCUGGCAGCAGUGGAGGUAGUGGCGCGGAGGCCGUCCUUUGCCGCCGCGAGUGAUGCGAGACCGAGCAGGGUUGCUGCUGUAAACUUCAUGGUUUUGGUAGUUGGGUUGGGAUUGGGGUUCGUGGUUGGAUUUGGUUUGGUUUGGGUUUCUUCGAGGAUGGUGAUGGUGUCGAACAACCCAAGGAAAUUAUGGGACGGAUGACCGAACAAAAAAAAUCGUACCAG